CCUUGUCAUUUGGCUUCAGUAGAUUGGAGAGGAAAAGGACAGCAGCGGCAGCACAGCGAAGGGAAUAGAAGUGCGCUGGUGGAAAAAAAAUUAAAUAAAAAAUAAUACAGAGAAACAAAAAUCCAACAAUGAAAAGGACGCAUGAACGCUUUGUAGUUCACCAGUAACUAAACUAGUCUUUGUAUAUUGAAGUCAAUGACGUAGAAUCGUCUACGCAAGUGAUUUAAAGGUUAGCAGCUGGCUAAAGCAAGACAGGGCUGUGUCAUUGAGAAGGCAGGACACGUCAAGACGAGGAAGGGAGAAAACAAAUAGACACUCUUGACGGAUUAAAGAUCCCCGCUUCAUUAUAUCAGAUCACCGGUUUAUUCGAGGUUCUGCUUUAGUUUGCGUUGUGAUAUCUGGAACGAGCCCUCAGUCAUCGCUCGGAUCAGCCACGAAGGGGAUAGGAAGCAAGAAUAAGUGUGUUGGAGCCAGGUUGAACUGGAGAACAUAAAUGGGGGAUUACGGGUUUGGAGUCUUAGUGCAGAACAACACUGGCAACAAGUCUGCUUUCCCAGUACGAAUCCACCCUCACCUGCAACCCCCACACCACCACCAAAAUGCGACCACCAGCCCCGCCGCUUUCAUAAACAGCACCCCGGCUGGGAAUGGCACCAACACCGGUUCGACAUGGCUAUUCCCGGCAGCCGGCGCCCACAGCAGCAUGCAAGAUGAAAUCCUGGGCUCGGAAAAGCCCAAAGUCCAGCAGCAGGAGCUGCAAGAGUCCCAAGAGAAGCAACAGCAGCUCUCGCCCGGACACCAGGAGAGUGGGAUCAUCUCCGAGCUGGAAAAGGCUCGCGCUGAAGAGAUUAAAGCGGAGAGCGGGUCAUCCGACGGGACCAACGGCAAGGAGAAGCUUCGUUUGGACUCCCCCGUGUUGACGCCCUUUGACUAUCAGGAGCCCUCGGGACUGGGAACGGCGGCCCAAUCCAGCUCCUCCUCCUCCCUGACCAGUUUCAACAACUGGUCAGCUGCUAUCCCCCCCACUCCUUCCACCAUCAUCAACGAGGACAUCAGCUUCUUCAACCCGGCGGCCUCCGCCAACAACGGCCCUCUGCUGUUCCAGAAUUUCUCCCACCAUGUCAGCCCGGGCUUCGGAGGCAACUUCUCCCCUCAAAUCGGUCCAAUCUCCCAGCACCACCCCCCCCACCCCCACUUCCAGCACCCCCACAGCCAGCACCAGCAGCAUCGGCGUUCCCCGGCAAGUCCUCACCAGCCCCCGUUCCCGCACCGCAACGCCCCCUUCGGCCAGCUGCCGCAUCUCUCCAACAGCCUGAGCAAGCCUCCCUCCCCGUGGGGCAGCUACCAGAGCCCCUCGCCCUCUCCCUCCUCCACCUCCUGGAGCCCGGGUGGGGGUUACGGCGGGUGGGGGGGGUCCCAGGGUCGCGAGUAUCGCAGAGGCCUCAACGGAGGCAUGACGCCUCUCAACUCCAUCUCUCCGCUGAAGAAGACCUUCCCCAACAACCACAUGCCCCAGCAGAAGUACUCCCGCACCAGUCCCGGAUUCAACCCCAAGUCCUGGAUGGAUGACAGCAGGAGCGAGAAUAUCUUCCCUUUCCAGGUGUGUGUAAUAUUGACAUGAUGAUGAUGAU